AUGGAGGACAUUCAUAAAUCAGAUGAUGGAGAGGAGGUCCGUAGCUGGGGAGGUGACUUUGAUCCUUUUGCUGACCCCGAAGAACGUCGGGUGCUCUUUGCUGCGUUUGACUCGUUUAGACAAUAUCGACGAACAGCGCAUCAGAACACGACACAUCGUCGACGACAGGCUUUCUACGCCUUACCCUCAGAGCAUUGGCAAAUGCUUUCAGAGCGCCCCUUCUCCAUUCUAGACCAAUUCAACAAAGUGGAUGAUGCCAUCGACACUAAUGCUGAGAUCGCCGAUGCCAUCCUGACCGUUGGUCUAGAGUCUUUCGGCCUAUCCGCCACUCCAGACAAAGACGAUCCGACCCAGAACUGGCACGGGGUAGCGACUUCAUCAGACGUGAGCAAAGCGCACUCGACCAUCCGGCAAUUUUAUCGAGACUGGAGUGCCGAGGGGCGCGUCGAGCGUGAAGUCUGCUACGACCCUGUCCUCCAGGAUCUACGUACUGAGUUUCAAGCUCGUCGCGAUGCAGGCGAGGAAAUUCGUGUCCUAGUCCCUGGUGCUGGAUUAGGUCGAUUAGUCUUUGAAGUUUGCAUGGCUGGAUUCGCGGCGGAAGGCAAUGAGAUCUCAUAUCACCAGCUAUUAGCUAGUAGUUGGGUUCUCAAUCACACUGCCGGAGCCGAGAUGCAUACUCUUCACCCAUUCGCGUUGCAUUUUUCCAAUUUGAAAUCUCGCACACAGCAAUUGCGCCAGGUCAUGAUCCCAGAUGUUCACCCCAGCACGGCGAUUGGGCAAGCCGUGGCGGACGAAAGCAAAAACCAAUCGCUUGGAUCGAUGUCCAUGUCCGCGGCUGACUUUGUGGUUCUCUACAAUCAGCCUGAUAAUCGGGAAGCGUUCGAUGCUGUAGCUACGGUGUUCUUUAUUGAUACGGCGCCUAAUCUGAUUCGGUAUAUUGAGGCGAUUCGACACUGUCUGAAGCCGGGGGGUCUUUGGAGUAAUGUGGGACCUUUAUUGUGGCAUUUUGAAGAUCGGAAAGAGAAAGGGAAUGGAAAUGGAGAUGGGGAAGCGGAGGGGAUCGGCGAGCCGGGUAAUGUGGAGUUGACAGAAGAGGAGGUUCUAGCUUUGAUUCAGCGGAUGGGAUUCCGCCUUGAAGCACUGCCAGGUGAUCGGCAGGCUUGCGGCUAUAUCCAGGACGGAGAGAGUAUGCUUCAAAACUUGUAUCAGCCCUCGCAUUGGGUGGCUCGGAAGGUGGCUGAGGUGGCUGAUGAUAAUCGUGGGACGCCUGAAUCUGGUGUAUGA